UCAGUCAACUAGCCGCCAUUUCGCAUUAUCCGGACAGGAGCCUGACCUAACCUUAUGCCGGGAAUCGUAGUUUUUUUUUUUUUUAAACACCCUGAAAUCAGACAAUCGGCAACGUGCACCUUGGUGAACUAUCGAAUGAUGGCGACCGAUCAGAUGACCGAUCAUGUAAAUGGGAAUGGUACAGAGGAACCAAUAGACAUAACUGAAGUGGACACAACUACAGCUGAAGUUAUCCAUUCAGACAAUUUCCAGACUUUAUUAGAUGCUGGUUUACCACAGAAAGUUGCAGAAAAACUAGAUGCAAUUUACAUAGCAGGCCUGGUAGCGCACAGUGACCUAGAUGAAAGGGCUAUUGAAGCAUUGAAAGAAUUUAACGAAGAAGGUGCUCUACAAGUCCUGCUUGAUUUUAAGGAAAGUGAUCUGUCGCACGUGCAAAACAAAAGUGCCUUCCUCUGUGGAGUAAUGAAGACUUAUAGACAGAGGGAGAAGCAUGGGACCAAAGUUUCAGAUCCCACGAAAGGACCAGAUGAGGCGAAAAUAAAAGCUCUGCUUGAUAGAACCAUCUAUACACUUGAUGUGACAACGGGUCAGCGGAAGUAUGGAGGCCCCCCCCCUGAGUCUGUGUAUUCAGGUGCUCAACCCACUAUUGGAACAGAGAUAUUUGUUGGGAAAAUUCCUCGAGACUUGUUUGAGGAUGAGCUGGUGCCCCUUUUUGAGAAGGCGGGACCUAUCUGGGAUCUACGUCUAAUGAUGGACCCCCUGAGUGGCUUGAACAGGGGCUACGCCUUUGUUACCUUCUGCACUAAAGAGGCUGCCUCGGAGACUGUAAACCUGUGUAAUAAUCAUGAAAUACGCCCCGGCAAACACAUUGGAGUGUGUAUAUCUGUUGCCAAUAACCGGCUGUUCGUCGGCUCCAUCCCCAAGAGUAAAACGAAAGAACAGAUUGUGGAGGAGUUUGCUAAAGUCACAGAGGGUCUUAAUGAUGUCAUACUGUACCAUCAGCCAGAUGACAAAAAGAAGAACAGAGGUUUUUGCUUUUUGGAAUACGAGGACCAUAAAACUGCUGCUCAGGCCAGACGCAGGCUAAUGAGUGGCAAGGUGAAAGUGUGGGGGAACAUGGUUACUGUGGAAUGGGCAGACCCCAUCGAGGACCCAGAUCCAGAGGUUAUGGCCAAGGUCAAAGUUUUGUUUGUCCGAAACCUUGCGAACAGUGUUACGGAAGAAAUACUUGAAAAAUCCUUCGGCCAGUUUGGGAAACUGGAGCGAGUGAAAAAGCUGAAAGAUUACGCCUUCGUUCACUUUGAUGAGAGGGACGCUGCAGUCAAGGCGUUGGCUCAAAUGAAUGGCAAAGUUCUGGAAGGAGAGCACAUUGACAUAGUCUUUGCAAAGCCCCCCGAUCAGAAGAGGAAGGAACGCAAAGCUCAGAGACAAGCAGCCAAAACAAACAUGUAUGAUGAUGAUGAUUAUUAUUAUAACUACGGCCCCCCUCAGUUGCCCCCUCCCACAAGAGGCGGCCGAGGUAGGGGAGGUUAUUCUUACCCACCCGACUAUUAUGGCUACGAUGAUUACUACGAUUAUUAUGGAUAUGAUUACCCCAACUACCGCGGGGGAUACGACUACGACUACUACGGCUAUGAUGACUUUCAGGCUCCCGCUAGAGGAAGAGGGGGCAGAGGUGCACGGGGGGCAUCCCCAGCCAGAGACAGGUCAGGCGCUCCCAGGGGCAGAGGUGGCUUUUCCCCUCGUGGUGGUCCAGGAUCAAGCAGAGGAGGUGUGCAACAGAGAGGCCGCGGCGGGGUACGUGGUGCGAGGGGUGACCGCGGUGGAAAUGUAGGAGGAAAGCGCAAAGCUGAUGGGUACAACCAGCCAGAUUCCAAGCGGCGCCAAACCAAUAAUCAGAACUGGGGCUCUCAACCCAUUGCUCAGCAACCGCUCCAAGCAGGGAAAAGUGGUCGAGGCCGGUCCUGACCUGUCACUAUGAAGACUGACCUGCUAUGUGGGGUUAUACUGGAAGCUGCCAAUUGAAGUGCUGGUAAGGUCAACUCAAUGGUCCAAUGAUAUUCCAACUUUACAGGAGCAUAUCUGCCAGAUUAGAAGAUAAUCAAAAGGGCAAACUCAAGAUACUUGUUGCUUGGACUUUUUAGACCGUUGCUGCAAAUAGGGUUUUCACACCUCUGAAAACCUCUCUCAAAGCUAAGGAUCGGGAUCAUAUUCUGCACAUAUAAUAUUUUACAUGCGCAUGUUCUUUUACGCACACUUUGUAGCUGCUGCUCACACUCCCCUCACGUUUCUCUUUUUACUCACCCUCUUUUGGGCCAUGCUGAUGUAGCCUAUGUCUUUCUCAUAUUUCUGAACAGCUGAAAUAACCCCAAAGUGAUUUGAUCUAAUGUUCCCCAAAAUAUAUUAUGAAGGCUGUACAACCAUUGUCUGUUGUAACGGAUAUUGCAGUUGCACAAGUGUAACAGUUUAACUUUAAACUGUCCCCUCGCCCAUACCCGGGCUCGAACCAGGGACCCUCUGCACACAUCAACAACAGUCACCCACGAAGCGUCG